AUGAUUUCACUUCCACCAUUAUUAUGCACUCGUGUCAACAGUGACAAAUUUGUGAAUUACAUGAGCGGCUCUCCUCCACCCCUUCCACCUAGUGACUUGAAGGAUUCAUCAAAAUCAUCAUCAUCGCCUUCUUCUCAAUCUAUUCAGAAACAACAACAACAACAUUACCAGAAAAGGCAAAACCAAAGGCGUCGUCCUUUCUCGGUUAGUGGAAGCAACGUCGAUGCUAUUUCUGUUGUGCGUCAUGCCCCAAUGCGACAAUUUUCAACAUCAAAUACAACAAUAAUUUCCUCUCCUCCUUCAGCCUCUCAACAACAACAAAAAGAAGAAGAAAAACAAUUAAAUUUAAAAAUGUUUAAAAAAGACGAAAAAGACGAAGAAGAUGAAAAUACAACAACAACAACAAAUUUAAUUAAUUGUAGCCUUAAAGAAAGUACAAGUUGUGGUGGAGGUCAACAACACGAAAUUGUAAAAAGACAAGUAUCUAAUUCGUUGGAUGUUGAAGUGGGGCAUCCCAGAAGCAAUACUACAGGAACAGCUUCAUCAGCUAUUGAUAGAAGAAGUGUUUCACAACAUAAUCAGUUACAAGAGAAGGCGUCACUAAAAAGCAGUUUAAAAAUUGAGGAUACUAUACUUCGAUUAAAUAUUGGAGGAAGUUCUUAUCGAAUUAGAACUAGAAGCAUUUUGAAACAUGGAGCUGAUACUUUGCUUGGCCGUUUUAUUCGAAUGGACGAACAACAUAGAAGGGCUUGGGCUGAUGCUUAUUUUGAAGAGGAAAGUGAAUAUUUUUUUGAACGUGUCCCGAGAUAUUUUGAUCCUGUUUAUGAUUUUUAUGCUUCUGGAAAAUUGCAUGUACCUAAAGAUUUGUGUUUUGACAAGUUUAUGGCGGAGCUUCGUUUUUGGUCUGUUUCAAAAGCAAAAGUUGACCAGUGUUGUUCGCCUUUCGCCCAAUAUUAUUUGUACAAAAAGACUAAAAAUUUGGAUACUCCUGAGAAAGACCAUUUUAUUGGUCUCCGCUGUGCUAAAGUACGUAGACGUUUGUGGUUGAUACUUGAAGGCCAUUCAAACUCAAAAUGGUGGAAAUUUUUUGAAAUAACUUCAACCUCCUUUGUAGUCCUUUCAAUAACAGCGCUCAUUUUGGCUAGUAUGCCUGAAUUCCAAGUGCCAGAUAAUUCGAAUCAAAAUACAAUGUCUCUCGGAAAGCACUCAACAAACCCAACAUACCCAAAAGUCAGUGGAUUUACAAUUUCAACAACAACGGUUGUAAAGGACGGCGAAGAACAUCGUAUUGAAAUGAUUGAACAUCCUGUGUUUAAUUAUGUUGAGAAUAUAUGUGUUAUUUAUUUUACAUUGGAAUAUUUGUUACGUUUUUGGGUGGCACCUAUAAAAUCACAAUUUGUAAAAGAAUUUUUAAAUAUAAUUGAUCUCCUUGCUAUUGCUCCUUUUCUUUUUGAACUUUUACUUAUUUUUAUAGGAAUUCGGGGGGAUAAUAUUCGAAAAGUUCGUUGGGCAUUCCUCACAGUUCGUCUUCUACGGGUACUCAGAGUUGUUAGAAUUGCAAAACUUGGUCGUUUCAGUCCUGGUCUUGCCAACUUUGCCUUAACCUUACAACGAAGCAAAAAACAAAUGCAAAUGGUAGCGAUUGUAUUGCUUACUGUUAUUAUUUUCUUCUCUACCCUCGUAUAUUUUAUGGAAAAAGACGAGCCAAACACAACAUUCACGUCUAUUCCUGCAGCUUUUUGGUGGUGCCUUUUUUCACAAACCAAAUGGGUGCCACAAACUGCAUCCGGCAAAAUAGUUGGUGGAGGUGCUAUAAUUUGUGGUGUUUUGGUACUUGCUUUGCCUAUUGCUAUAUUGGUUAACAAUUUUAUGCAAGUUGUUCGUCUACGAGAAGAAAAAUUAAUUAGACAACAAUAUUAUGUAACAAAUACAGCAAGUGGAGGUUCUAUAGUUGGUGGCGAACAUCGAGUUUAAUGAUUGGAAAAUUUCGAGAUUUUUAAUAAGAACAUUC